CCGGGUGAGCUUUGUGGAGCAGAGGUGCUCUGUGGGCGGGUCGCCGUUCAGUUGAGGACAUGCGGUGCCGGGGGAGUGAGAUUGCAGCAGCUAGAUGUCAAAAGGUAGGAACGCAACUCGACUCGAUUGUCCCUGCGUACAGGGCAAUGCGCGCCAAGAGCCCGCUAGCGAGUGCAAGCGCCGAUCGCCUGGAGCUUCUAUCUAGGUACGCGACUUCGACAUUGAUACGACUCUACAACUGCGCCUCUCACUCCUGUACACAUCAUGGCGCAAUCAGACGAAGAAGAAGAUUACAUGACGAUGACCUUCGAGGAGCCGAAGGAAUCCAAGCACGAAACCUCUCUCCAGCGAGCGGCGCGAAUGCGUAAAGAGGGCGAAGCUAGAUCCCGCCAGAAAUCGAAAGCCGAGCGCGAGGCGGAAGCAGAAGCAGCUCGAGAGGCAUCCUUAGCAACUGCGUUACCUGAGACCAACAAGGGCUUCAAGAUGAUGGCCAAGUUCGGCUUCAAGCAGGGCGGCACUCUGGGCAAAUCCGAAAACGCGCGCAAGGAGCCAAUUCGCCUCAACAUCAAGGAAGAUAGAAGCGGUAUUGGCCUGGAGUCUGAGAAGAAGCGGAAGUUCCGGGAGGCUUGGGAAAAAUCCGAGCGCGAGGCCAAGCGAUCCAAGGAAGAUCAAGGAGACUUCCUCCAGCAACGCAGGCAGCAACAGAAGGAGAAGAAGGCCGAGAGAGACCUGGACAAUGCACAGAGGACCGCCGAGCGACUCUCCGAGCAGGAAGCAGAAGAGAAAGGAUCCGCACAUACAGACGAGAAGUCCUUGACGGAUAUCAAUGUGCUCUGGCGGUGCCGCGCACGGCGCCGAGUUGAACACCAGCGUGACCGGCGGCAGCGGCGCGAGCUCGACAACGGUCUAGCCUCCCGACUCCCGACGUACGUUGAGGAAGACGAGGACAACGAUUCCAAGCUCGCUCUUGGUCGUGAUGUGGCUCCGUUUUAUACAUCCCUGGAGAACGAACUCGAAGAGGAAGACCCUGAGCUGGCGGAAUUUGAGGCGCUACCCGUGACCGAACGUCUUCAAAAGCUCCUCGUCUUCCUUCGAGAGACUUACAAGUAUUGCCUUUACUGCGGGCACCGGUACCCUGAUGCAGCCAUGGAAGGCUGUCCUGGGGUAACUGAAGAGGAUCACGACUGAGGUGGUAUUGCAUCAUGGGCCAAGCAGCAGCGUGCGCAAUAUUAUAUGAAGCGUCCAUUCCGGUCCGCUCAGGACGGUCGAUGUUCAAGACCACCCCGAAAGAGGCCCACCAGCUUCGUAUAAGUAUAAGCCACAGGAGACAAAUGCAUGUCCUGUGCUGCUAAGGCCAGCGUACUUCGCUCCUCGGGUUCUCUCAUUGCUCUAUGAGGCUGAGAGUCGCUCCAGCCCAAGGUUUGCGACCACAGAGAGCGCGACUCGAUGGUCUUGAUCCAAGCAUCUAUUAGGCAGAAACAAUGAAAAGCGAAUCCUGUC